GGCGUGGAGAGUCCCUGAUAUUUUUCCCUCUUCUCUCCUCUCCUCUCUCUAUCUCUCUUAUCCUUAUUUCUUUCUUUAAACACAAGACACACACACACACACAGUCUGCUUCACUCUUUGCUGCUCUCUUAUAUUUCAAGAAAAAAAGACUCAUUUUGUGCUUUUAUUUUUCCCCUGGAGAAGAAAAAAAAAAAGGAAAAAGAGACUCCAAAAGAGGGGGGCCUGACUCGUGUUGUAGUGCAUACAGCGAAGCGCGCGAGUUCGGUACUCGACUCGGCAGAGAGAACCACCAGUUCAAUGUUUCCCACCAGCCAGGGCAUUUCUUCUCUUGCAGUAGAAACUCUCUGAAAAGUUUGCACACGCACAAUAUUUCGUUUGCAGGUUUUUUCUUCCUGUGUCACUGGAAACUGAAAAUAGUGUUUGUGUGUGUGUGUCUGUGUGUGUCUGUGUGUAUUUUUCGUACGGUGCGUUUACGUUUUGUUUUCCGAGAGUGACACACGAGGAGUUAAAAAGUUGCGUGUGUGACUAUCUGUUUGAAGAAGAAAAUAGAGAACGAAAUACCUGUCUGUGGCAUCACACGAAAAAGAAGAUUCUGCUUUUCUAGUGAAAUAGGAGAAAACAUAAGAGGGUGACGUUGAUCGGUCGUUAUUGCAUCAGAUCUCUAAUUAUUGGUGUUUGAAGUGAAGAGGCUCGUUUGACACCAAUUGGACAGUUGAAAUUCACUUCGUCGUCCUUUCGCCAAUUAUUUUUUGUUGGCGUUUGACGCCCCCCUCCAUUUUUUUUUCUUUAUUUUUUUUUUUAUCUUAAAUUGUUGAGUUAAAUUUCUCAACAUCCUUCGAGAAGACAAGAAAAUUUGAAAAAUCUCCAUAAACGAAGAGGAAGGAAGAGUGACCCCCCAAAAAACUGCAAGUUUCUUCUUCUCAUCGUAGCAUGAAGAGACCCGCCUCCGAAGUUCUCUACGCCUACACCUUGUUGCAGCAGCCUCUCGCCAUCAUGGACGUCAUGCAGCGCGGUUCUGAGGAACUGGCCAUGAGCAACGGCGCUGUACUCAGCCCUCAAUCCAAUCACGCCGACAACAACAACGACGCCAAGAAGGUUAAACUGGAGCCGAGAAGCCCAGCCAAACCGUCUCGAGUCGUCCACAUCCGCAACAUCCCCAACGACGUGACGGAGGCUGAAAUCGUUCACCUGGGCAUUCCUUUUGGACGCGUCACUAACGUGCUCGUCCUCAAGGGCAAAAAUCAGGCGUUUUUGGAGAUGGCGGAUGAAGGCGCUGCCAUUUCGAUGGUCAACUACUUUAGCAGUGGCACGUCUGCCCAGCUACGUGGCCGCAACGUUUUUGUCCAGUACUCUAACCAUGUCGCUCUCAAGACGGACCAGUCCCACUCCAACGCUAGUGCUGCUGCUCAAGCUGCUCUCCAAGCCGCUCAAGCCCUUGCUGGCCAGACGGAGACUCAAGGAGGCCCCAACACCGUUCUCCGUGUCAUUGUCGAGCACAUGGUCUACCCCGUUACCCUUGAUGUUCUCUUUCAGAUCUUUUCCAAAGUCGGCCGGGUGCUGAAGAUCGUCACUUUCACAAAGAACAAUACAUUCCAGGCCCUGAUCCAAUAUCCGGAUGUUGUCACUGCACAAGCGGCUAAACUGACGCUGGACGGACAGAAUAUCUACAAUUCUUGUUGCACGCUGCGCAUCGAAUAUUCUAAAUUGAGCAGUCUCAACGUCAAGUACAACAACGACAAGAGUCGCGAUUAUACUAACCCUACGCUGCCAACUGGCGACCACAAUUUGGACGCGUUCGCCAUCACCGAUUAUGAAUGUGCGUGGUCGCUGUUAGGUGGCGCCGGAGUGCUGGCCUCCCCUUUCCAAGCCAUGCAUGGCCUCGCAUCGCCCUUAACCGCAGCUUACGGCUCUGCAUCGGUCGGAGGUGGCGGAGCUGAUUUCAUCUUACCAAGUGGUUUCAGUUUGCCAGGAGGUUCGGCUUCGGCCGCUUUGGGUCCAGCAGCUCUGCGCCUUUCUGGCCAGCAAUGUUCAUCUGGAGCCGUCUUGCUCGUCUCGAAUCUCAACGAGGAGAUGGUCACGCCUGAUGCUCUCUUCACUCUCUUCGGUGUUUACGGUGAUGUCCAUCGGGUGAAGAUCCUGUUCAACAAAAAGGAUACGGCCCUUAUUCAAAUGGCCGAACCGCAUCAAGCCCAACUUGCAAUGACUCACCUGGACAAGUUGAAACUCUAUGGUAAGCAGUUGAGGGCUAUGCCAUCUAAGCACCAGGGCGUCCAGAUGCCCAAAGAAGGUCAACCUGAUGCUGGUCUGACCAAGGACUUUAUCAACUCGGCUCUUCAUCGUUUCAAGAAACCCGGCAGCAAAAAUUAUCAAAAUAUCUACCCCCCUUCAUCCACGCUCCACCUGUCGAAUAUUCCGCCGAAUGUUACUGAGGAGGAGAUUAAAAACGCCUUCACCGCGGCUAAUUUUGCGCCACAGGCCUUUAAAUUUUUCCCGAAGGACCGGAAGAUGGCGUUGAUACAACUAGGUAGCGUCGAAGAAGCCGUGGCUGCUCUAAUUAAAAUGCACAACUAUCAGCUCAGCGACUCGAGCCACUUGCGAGUCUCCUUCUCCAAGUCGACUAUUUAAACAAACAAAACAUUAAAAACAAAAAAAAAAAAAACAACAACAAAAGCACACAUACACAUAAAUGUCCCGAGAAUAUCGAACAAAACAAAAAAAAAAACACGCGCAUCUGGAUUUGAAAAACAAAAAACAAACAAACAAACAAUCCCUUCGAUAUAAUAAUAAUAAUUACUAUUAUUUUUUUUAUUAUUAUUAUUAUUAUUAUUAUUAUUAUUAUUAUUAUUUUUGCGUGUUUGUGUCCCGUCGAGAUGAGAAGUGUUCAAAUGCGCACCUGCCGGAAGUCUCUAGCGCGUUGCACAAGUCCCCCAACCCGUCUUUACCUUAUCUCCACUCUCUUACACUUAGAAAACCAUCAACACGUUGGAAAACAUUUUCGACUUCUAGAAAUUAGCCCUUCUCCACAUCUUUGCUUCUUCUUCUUCUUCUUCUUCCAAGGAUGGAUGAUGAAAUGUUUUGACUUGGCAACGAGGCAAAAUAUUGUCUUCACCAAUCUACCGUUUGCUGCUUUGAGGCUGAGCCUCUAUCGCACAAAACAGACAACAAAGAAAACUACAACCAUAAUUUUUUUUUUUUUUCUGUCCUCGUUUUUUUUGUGUUUUGUUUUGUUCCAUUUCGAUGUCACCGCAAUCGCCUCUCCUGUCCACUCGUGUGCACCCCGUAACACCUUUCGUGUGUGUGUGUGUGUGUAAUGUCUGUUUAUCGGGGGGCUCAAGAGGAGGAGAAAAUGUUUUGUCUUCGAUUGUUUGGAACUCCCAAAAUGUAUUUUUCCCCCAUCUUCCACUUCCGACAUACUCGACAAGUAAAAACGAACAAAUCACAAAAGCAAAAAAAAAAAAAAAAAAAAUUGUGGACUAACCCUAUACACACCCACCAUCAUUACACCUGAAUUUUUUUAUUUUUAUUUUUUUAUUUGUUGUGCGAAAUGAUCGAUUGUUCUUGGGCACAUCUGAUGUAGAAUUAGAUAACUGAUUUCGGCAGCCCAAAAGUGUGGUGAAAGACAGACCUCCAAACAACACUCCUAUCUACCCCCAUUUAUACUACCCCCUGUCCCUAGAAACAUAAAAAAAAACAAAAACGAGAAGUUAAAGAAUAAGGGAAUUUAAGAUCUAUUUUUGCAAGUGAAAUUGUACAUCUCUUGUUUAUGCGCCUCUUUUGAAUUAUUAAUUAUUAUUUUUAUUUUAUUUUUGGUCCCAUAUAAAUUGCUGAGAAGAGGUUAGUUAAUUUCAUUGGAUUUUGGGUAGGGAGGAGAUUUUAAAAAAAAAUGUUGGGCUUUUCGCACACAAGACUGGAAGCGGCAAUUAUUUUUUCAAUUUUGUUCGAAACACCAUAUCGUUUUGAAAGUGUGCGCGUGUGUGUGUGGCUUCAUUUUUCCCUCUCACUAUCUUAAAAAUUUUUUUUUUUUUUUCUUUUCGUUUUUCUUUUGUAUUUUCUGAUCGACCUUUGGAAAAGCAACCUGCAAAAAAUUUUCUCGUCUCUUUUUCCUCUUUGUCUCCAACUUAUUUUCCCAGCCCUCUUUCUAUAUAUCAAACAUUUCCCUCACUUUUUGCUUGCGAAUUAGCUUAAUAUGUGUUGGGGGUUGUCUUGUAUGUGUUCUGAUUUUUUUUUUCUCUAUCUAUUACAUCUUCUUCUUCUCGCUA